ACACUUCCUGAUGUCUACGUGAAACACAGAGUUCGAACAAUACCUAUGACUUGUCUACAUCGCACUGGAGUGGUCUAAAGUCUUCACAGGCACCAACAUAUUUAGGAAAUGCUGAAAAGAUGUAUGGAUUCUGAAAGCAGAUCAACACAAGAAGUAACCAAGAAGAAGAAAGUCACUGUUACACAGACAGGAGAUUACUUAUCGAGUCUUCCGAUAGAAAUACUGGAACAUAUUUUUAGCUUCUUGCACAGAGAUGAUCUUCUACAGGCCACGUCUGUGUGUGUUCAAGUUGGAAGUCUUCAAUUUUAGGCAGUAAAAGUCUUUGGCGUUUCCAAAUAUUUGAUUUUAAUUGCCGUCUCCGGCUAACGAACAAGAGAAAGAUUGACCAGUUGUUUUGUGCGCAAAAUUUCGGGCCUCAUUGUGAGACGCUGUCAGUUAAGUGCCGACAUACUUGUUUCUAUGGUAACUGCGAGAAAAUGACCAAGCAGUUAAAUCUAUUUCUGUCUGGUUUAAUUGCGCCUGCAAUAACCUCCUUUAAAGUAUCAUGUCUCCGAAUGAGUUACGCCAGAAAGAUAGUCAUUAAAAGCAUAGCCAGUGUCAUGUCGCAAAUGUUAUGGACGCAACGUCCGAUGAAGGCUUUUGAAAUGCCAGAAGCCUACUGGACACCCAUUGAGGGUCAGAAGGUCUUGGACGCUGUGUUUCAAAGGUCAAGAACGACUUUAGAAACACUGAAAAUUGACGAUUUUUUUUAAACUAUUGUGAUGUAGGUACCAUGGAUUGGCUUUUAACCGGCCUGACGUCACUGACUAAGUUAACAAGACUUUCUAUAAGUUUAAACUACUUGACGGAUGAAUGCAUUCUCUCCCUUGCGCAGGCCAGGAGAGGAGAAUUGACAUAUCUUUCUCUAUGGACCACACAUGUCUUUCCUUUGAGUCCUGUUAUACAAUACAAUAGCUGGAAAUAUCUAGUCAAAUCAUGUCCCGGUAUGGAAGUGGCAUUCAGGAUCGUCGGGUUUGUUUCCGAACCGCACCUGUCUCUUACCCGAUUGUUUGAUUCAGUGCUUCCUGUUACCAAGUUGAAGAUACAAAUAGAUAGGAAAUAUGAUCCACUAACAAGGCCUGCAUACAGGAUGGACAUUGCGUUGGAACACGUAAGACAGCACUACGGGACACGGCUAACGAGCUUUAAACUGGGAGUUGACAACCAGAAGGAAUACUUCGACCAGUCUUUGAUCAAGUUAGCUAGAGAAUGUCCACGUCUGGUCUAUGUUAGGGUUUCAGCUUCUUAUCAAUGGGGAGAUACAGCUAAUACAAUUGAACGAAUCCUCGCAGAGAGACAACCGCCACCUCUCACUAGCAAGGGAGGGCCUUAUGAAAGAGUCCGCACUGACAGUCACGAUGGGGGCAAAGCAUCUUGACUUGAGGACCCAGUGGAAGGGCCGCCUGGCCUUCACGGAGCGUCUCAACAAUAGUCUGAAGACCUGAUUUCACUGUAUUAUAUAGUACUUACAUAACAUUUGCUUUUUUUGCCAAAACAUUGCAGGGGUCUUAUUAUCAAUAAUAUAUUGCUAUUUUAUUGUAUAGUAUGUUAAAACAAGCUUACAAAUGUAACAGCACAUACCCAGAGAAAUGGCCACCUAUCAAUAUAAAUAAUAAUUAACACUUUAAUAUUUUUAAACUUGAACUUUAUAUAUAAAUAUUUUAUAUAAUAUAAUAA